AAUCUCACAUUGGAAGCCCAAAGAUGCUUUAAAGAGCACCCAUACUGGGCCUAACUCAUUCACAACACCUGAGUCAUCGAGUCAAGACGAUGGUGGUGAAGUUGGAACCCUAGCAAUAGCAUUGCUCUCUCCAAUCCAGUCUCCGUCUCCGUCUCCGUCUCCGUCUCCUUCACUCACUUCCAGAAGCGAUAUUUUCAAUCAUCGCUGAUCAAUGUCCCUCUUCUGAUCCAGCUUUCAUAGAAGUAUUAAAAAUGGAAACCGAUUGCAGAUCUGGUUUUCGGGUAGUGAUCGCUUUCGUUGUGGUCUUGAGUUUAUCUGGGCAUUUGCCAUUGGUGGAGAGCCGUCGACCCAAGAAUGUACAGGUGGCUCUUCAGGCCAAGUGGACUGGUACCCCUAUACUUUUGGAAGCUGGUGAAUUGCUGUCUAAAGAAUGGGAAGGCCUUUUCUGGGAGUUCAUUGAAGCUUGGCAUCACAAUGAGGAUGAUGUUUCACAUACAGCAAAAGAUUGUUUGAGGAAAAUUGUUAAAUAUGGACAAUCUUUGUUAAGUGAACAUCUGGCAUCACUUUUUGAGUUCUCUCUUACUCUGCGAUCAGCAUCCCCAAGACUAGUGUUGUACCGUCAAUUGGCAGUAGAGUCUCUUUCUUCUUUUCCCCUCUAUGCCGAUGUUAUUUCUAACUCUGUCAAUGGAGGAACUGAAAAUAAUGAAAUAACUGAAAGCAAGAAGGUUGACCCAUUGCUUGUCGGCGUGAACCCAAGAAGUCGUGGAGGGAAGUGUUGUUGGGUAGAUACUGGCGGGGCACUUUUUUUUGAUGUUGCGGAGUUGUUAACGUGGCUUCAUAUCCCUAAGGAAUUAUCUGGGGAUUCAUUUCAGCAGCCAGAACUUUAUGCAUUUGAUCAUGUCCAUAUUGAUUCCAGUGUUGGAAGUCCCGUGGCAAUUUUGUAUGGAGCUCUUGGUACCGAAUGCUUCAGAAAAUUUCAUGACACCUUGGUGGGAGCAGCCAAAGAGGGAAAAGUCAAGUAUGCUGUUAGACCUGUAUUACCUUCUGGCUGUCAAUCGGAAAGUGGACAUUGUGCAGUUGUCGGUGCAAGUGAUCCUGUAAACUUGGGUGGUUAUGGUGUAGAACUUGCUCUGAAGAACAUGGAGUACAAGGCUAUGGAUGACAGUACAAUAAAAAAAGGUGUAACUCUCGAAGAUCCUCACACUGAAGAUCUCGGCCAAGAAGUUAGAGGGUUCAUAUUCUCCAAAAUUCUGGAACGCAAGCCUGAACUAACAUCUGAAGUAAUGGCUUUUAGAGAUUAUCUGCUUUCAUCUACUGUAUCUGAUACGCUUGAUGUUUGGGAAUUAAAGGAUUUAGGGCACCAAACUGCCCAAAGGAUUAUCCAAGCCUCUGAUCCCUUGCAGUCUAUGCAAGAAGUUAGUCAGAAUUUCCCUAGUGUUGUCUCUUCGUUAUCACGUAUGAAGCUGAAUGAGUCGAUUAAAGAGGAAAUAAUUUCAAACCAGCGAAUGAUUCCUCCCGGAAAGUCCCUAAUGGCUCUGAAUGGGGCUUUACUGAAUAUUGAAGAUAUUGACCUUUAUCUGUUGGUUGACAUGGUCCAUCGGGAGAUAUCUUUGGCUGAUCAAUAUCAGAGGUUGAAGAUCCCUCCAAGUACAGUGCGGAAACUCCUAUCAACUCUACCUCCUUCCGAGUCCAGUACAUUCCGUGUUGAUUUUCGGUCAACACAUGUUCAUUACCUUAAUAACUUGGAGCUAGAUGCUAUGUACAAGAGAUGGCGAAGCAAUAUUAAUGAGGUUUUGAUGCCUGUCUUCCCUGGACAGCUGCGUUACAUCCGUAAAAACCUGUUCCAUGCAGUGUUUGUUUUGGAUCCUGGUUCAACUUGUGGGCUUGAGUCCAUUGACAUGAUUAUUUCAUUGUAUGAGAAUAAUCUUCCCAUGAGAUUUGGGGUGAUACUGUUCUCUACAAAGUUCAUCAAGACUGUUGAAACGAAAGGUGGUAAAAUUCCAUCAGCGUCCAUGGAGAAUCACACUGGUGUUGGGGAAGAUGUAUCCAGUUUGAUCAUACGCCUGUUUAUUUAUAUUGAGGAACAGCAUGGGGCUCAAAUGGCUUUCCAGUUUUUGAGCAGUAUUAACAGAUUGCGGACCGAGUCAGCAGAUCCCGAAGAUGAUCCUGAAAUGCACCACGUGGAAGGGGCGUUUGUUGAAACUUUAUUGUCAAAGGUUAAAUCUCCACCUCAAGAUACUUUACUAAAACUGGAAAAGGAGCUGACUUUCAAUGAACUAUCCCAAGAGAGUUCCAUGUUUGCUUUUAAGCUGGGUUUAGCUAACCUGCAAUGCUGCCUCUUGAUGAAUGGUCUUGUCCUUGAUUCUACUGAGGAUGCUCUUAUGAAUGCCAUGAACGAUGAGCUCCCAAGAAUACAGGAACAAGUUUACUACGGCCAUAUAAAUUCUCAUACUGACGUGCUGGACAAAUUUCUGUCAGAAAGUGGGGUUCCUCGGUAUAAUCCGCAGAUUAUUGCGGAUGGCAAGGUGAAACCGAAAUUUGUUUCUUUGUCUAGAGCUAUUCUUCGAAACGAUUUUAUCCAAAAUGAUGUCAGUUUUUUGCACUCUCCUGAAACUGUAGAUGAUUUGAAGCCUGUGACCCAUCUUCUUGUCAUUGAUGUCACAUCAAAAAAGGGGAUCAAUUUGCUUCGUGAAGGGAUACGGUACCUGAUAGAAGGUUCUAAAAAUGCUCGCUUAGGAAUGCUGUUUAAUGCCGAUCCAAAUGUGGGUUUUCCUAGUCUCCUCUUUGUGAAGGCAUCUGAAGUUGCUGCAGCGUCAUAUAGUCAUAAGAGAAAGGUGUUGGAUUUUUUGGAUAAAAUGUGUGCAUUUUAUGAGCAUGAAUACAAGCUUGCGUCUUCCGUAGUUUCUGAAGGCAAUCAAGCAUUUAUUGAUAAGGUCUGUGAUCUAGCCGAUGCAAAUGGUUUACCAUCCAAGUGCUUGAGAACUGCUCUCUCAGAACUUUCGGUUGACGAGUUGAGAGAACAUUUGAACGAGGUGGGACAAUUCUUAUACGGGCAACUUGGCCUUGAAUCUGGCAGUAAUGCAGUCAUUACUAAUGGAAGGGUGAUCCGCGUUGACAAUGGCACAUUUUUGAGUCAUGAUCUACAUCUUUUAGAGUCUGUGGAGUUAAAGAACAGAAUUAAGCACAUUGUGGAGGUCAUUGAAGAAGUGAAAUGGGAGGGCAUUGAUCCUGACAUGCUAACAAGCAAAUUCAUCAGUGACAUAAUUAUGUCCGUCUCAUCUUCAAUUGCUACGAGGGAUCGAAGUUCUGAAAGUGCUCGUUUUGAGAUCUUGAAUGCAGAAUACAGUGCAGUUAUUCUUGAGAAUGAAAAUAGUAGCAUUCAUAUUGAUGCUGUCAUUGACCCUUUGAGCCCUUCUGGUCAGAAGUUGUCUUCGCUUCUUAAAAUUUUGUGGAAAUCCGUUCAGCCAAGCAUGCGGCUUGUACUUAAUCCACUGAGUUCCCUGGUUGACCUUCCCCUGAAGAAUUACUACAGAUAUGUAGUACCGACGAUGGAUGACUUCAGCAGUACUGAUUACACAGUAUAUGGCCCCAAAGCCUUUUUCGCCAAUAUGCCAUUGGCCAAAACCCUCACCAUGAAUCUUGAUGUUCCUGAGCCUUGGCUUGUUGAGCCUGUUAUUGCUGUUCAUGACCUGGACAAUAUAUUGCUUGAGAAUCUUGGCGAGCAAAGGACAUUGCAAGCAGUGUUCGAACUUGAAGCUCUUGUUCUUACAGGUCAUUGUGCAGAGAAAGAUCAUGAACCCCCCCGAGGUCUUCAACUGAUCCUUGGAACUAAAAGUACACCACACUUGGUUGAUACCAUUGUGAUGGCCAAUUUGGGUUAUUGGCAAAUGAAAGUUUCUCCUGGGGUUUGGUAUCUGCAGCUCGCUCCAGGUAAAAGUUCUGCGCUCUAUGAUAUGAAAGAAGAUGGUGAUGGAAAUCAGGGCCUGCAUUCCUCAAAACGUAUCACCAUAAAUGAUUUGCGGGGUAAAUUGGUUCACCUGGAAGUGGUAAAGAAAAAGGGAAAGGAGCAUGAGAAACUGCUUGCUCCUUCUAAUGAUGUGAACAGUUCGCAUGGGAAGAAAAAGGGUAAUCAGAACGGCUGGAACUCAAAUUUAUUAAAAUGGGCUUCUGGUUUUAUUGGUGGCAGUGAGUUUUCAAAGAAGAGUGGGAGCACUAUGGAGCAUGCAAAUGGCUUGCGAAGUGGAAAAAGAAUUAAUAUAUUUUCAAUAGCUUCUGGACACUUAUAUGAACGUUUUCUGAAAAUCAUGAUACUUAGUGUUCUGAAGAACACUCGUCGACCAGUAAAGUUCUGGUUCAUAAAGAAUUAUCUCUCUCCUCAAUUCAAGGAUGUAAUUCCUCAUAUGGCACAAGAAUAUGGUUUUGAAUAUGAAUUGAUUACAUACAAAUGGCCUACAUGGUUAAACAAACAGAAAGAAAAGCAGCGAAUCAUCUGGGCAUAUAAAAUUCUGUUCCUUGACGUUAUUUUCCCUAUUUCUUUAGAGAAGGUUAUAUUUGUUGAUGCAGAUCAGGUUGUCCGGGCAGACAUGGGAGAACUCUAUGACAUGGAUAUAAAAGGACGACCCCUGGCCUAUACUCCAUUUUGUGACAAUAAUAAGGACAUGGAUGGCUAUCGAUUUUGGAGACAAGGUUUUUGGAAUGAACAUUUAAGAGGAAGGCCGUAUCAUAUAAGUGCAUUAUAUGUUGUGGAUUUGGUUAAAUUCCGGGAAACUGCAGCUGGAGAUAACCUGAGAGUAUUCUAUGAAAACCUUAGCAAGGAUCCUAACAGUCUUUCGAAUCUAGAUCAGGAUCUUCCGAACUAUGCUCAGCAGACGGUGCCUAUCUUCUCACUACCCCAAGAAUGGCUAUGGUGCGAGUCUUGGUGUGGUAAUGCCACAAAAUCAAAGGCAAAAACCAUUGAUCUCUGCAACAACCCCAUGACGAAGGAGCCCAAGCUGCAGGGUGCUAGAAGAAUUGUUGCAGAGUGGCCAGAUCUUGACUUUGAAGCAAGAAGCUUCACUGCAAAAAUCUUAGGUGAAGAAGUUGAUAUGCAAGAACGGGUAGUGUCUCCUAUAAAAACACAAAGUUCAGUUAGCGAUAGUGAAUCUGAAGACAAGUCAGAGUUGUGAAUACGAUUUUCCAUAAGCAUAUAGCUGGUAUUAUUUCAUACCGAGUAUUUAACAGAGAUCGAAGACACCCGAUGGGUCUAUGGAAUCAUUGAUAGCCUUGGAAAAUUUCGACUCUAGAGAAGAGAAGGCAGUGUAAUCGAUUUUUUUGAAGGCCAAAUCAGUCAGUGAAUCUCAGGAUAAUUCUCUCACUGGAGGAAAUGGUCUCUCUUUUCUGAAAUUAGAUUUUUGCUCUGUAUGUUAGUUAAGCAGAUAUGUAUGAAUGAAUGUUAGCAUUUAUAGAGAGCAAGACUAUUAGGAGAUUGUAGACUUAUGCAUGGCUUCACCACUUAGCCUAAUAGCUUUACAUCAGGGAACAUCGUUCAUGAACCAAAGGGAACUGAGAUAUUAUUUGAAAUCGGAAUGUCUUGUGCACAGAUGGAAAUUUGGUGGGAAAGUAGCUUGAAAACUUUAAA